AUGGUUUCUGCACACGAAGGCGGAUCAAUUACAAAUCUGUGUGCCACGGAACUGCUGACUAUCGUGACUAAUGGUGGCGCUGUUGUUUCGUUACAGCCGGGCACAUGUACAAAAACUGUAACAAUUAAUAAAAAUGGAGAAGCUAACAUUUAUAAUCUUUGUGCUUCGGAACAGCUUUCUAUUCAAGAUAACAGUGGAACACCACUUACUCUUGUGUCAUCAUCAUGUCCGUCUGUAGUAACUAUUAAUGCCCUAGCUGGACUUCCUAAUGGAAAUCAGUUCAUCAAUGUUUGUGCGACUCAACUCUUAACCAUGACUAUCUCUGGUCGGGUUGGUGUUGUUAUUAACUCAGCAUUUUGCCCGAAAACUACUAAUGUCUCCGCUUCAUCAGGGGCGAUAGUUCAAAACCUUUGUGCUACUGAACAAAUGUCUAUCAAUGCUCUUGAUGGAACGCAAAUUUAA